AAUACGGUGCACACGCUUUGAACGGAUGAAUGGCGGAGUACACGUGCAUAUUUUGACGACUAAAAACAGUGAAUGUGAAACAGUGACGAGGCUUUUGUUUUGGUGAAUUGCUUGAUGUGCCAUGCAAGCUAACCGUAAAUCGCUCGCAUUAAUUCACAAUUGAAGUGAGAAACAAAAUCAAACCUAAAAUGCCAAGCUGCUCUAACGGUGAAAGUGUAUUGUGUUUCUAUUAUUGGCAAGGCAUAUCAAAAGCACCGACGACUGCCCUGCUUCACGGGAUGCGGCGUUCGUAAUAUGCAGUGCUUGUGGUUAACUUUACAUAUAACGGCUUUCGCAGAAGCUGUGCUUGUGUUGUGCUGAAUGAAUGCGUGCAUAUAAGUUACCCGAUAUUCUGCGAAUAUAGCGAAUGAAAUCAAAAACAACAAAUGCAAAAACAUCAAGUAUCCACGACAUUGAUUCGGCAAAUAAUUUAACAGCCAUUGUCCUGGCAAAAAGUAUUUGCACAAAGCUACGCCAACAACGCAACCGCAAAAGCGGAAAAAGCGCGAUGAAAGUGCGGGUCGCGCAGGGCGUGUAAUCAAACGUAGUGGAGYGUGAAAAUAUACCGAUAAAUGAAUGAGCGUUUGUUUGUUUUGAAGGAAAUAAUCGACGAGCACGGCAGCGCCGCAUGCGGCGCCAACAACAGCGAAAGCGACAAUAACGCACAGAAAAACUUUUCCAACGAAAAAAUAUAAUGAUUAAAUUAAACAUGAAUGCGGCGGUUAACAAUAUCGCUGGCUGCAAAAACUCCGUUAAUAGUAAAUAUAAAAAGUGUAAAAACAAUAAUAGAAAUAGCUCGGAGAGCAGCAACAGCGCCGAUGGCGAUAUUGGGCCGUUGCACGCCGAACUACAACGACUGCAGAACAGCGAACAAACAAGCGCGAGUCGAUGGCAGCAGAGAGCACCGUUACAGCAGCGAACACACAGCGUGCAACACACUGAUAAGAGCGACCGCGCGCCCAGCCACGUGCAACACCAACAACACUGCCACCAACACUACCACCACCACCACCACCAGCAAUGCCAUCAACAGCAGCUCCAUCAGCUUUUACAUGACCACCAGCAAAACGGCGCGACAACAAAGCGCUGUGUCGAGCAAGCGCUACAACAAAGCGAACAACAUAAGCAGCCAUUUCCGACAAAUGCGCCCGAUAAAAGGCAGCAACAUUUUAAUCAACAACAUCCACAACAUGAAGGCCGACGGCAGCAGCAGCGCCACACACACCAGUUCCAACAGCAACAACAACAGCAGCAGAGCCAGCGACGAUUGCGGCUGUGGCCAUCACUAUGCAUCGCCACCAGCAGAAGCAACAAUAUCAAUUGUGGUAGCAACCACACCACCAGCACAAUUAAAUUCAAUUCAAUAGAAGCAUCACGCCACACACCCAGCACAGCGGCAUUGACCACAACCACGUUAUUCGCUUCGACAUCAUCGUCAUCAUCGUGUGCUUCAUCGUCAACGCGUGGUUGGGCAUCGUCAGCGACGGCGAAAUUUUCGGUGGCGGGGUCGGCGGCGCAGGGUAGCCAACAUGCCGCAUAUAUAUUUAAAGCCGCCAGAUCGGCCUCACAGGCUGUGACAACAUGUUAUCUGUGGUGGCUGUUUGGUGUGUGUUUAGUUCUCUUCACAAACGGUGCACGUGACUGGCGGUCUGCGGAAUUGACGCGUACAACAUUUAUGGUGGCGGCCACAUAUUUAGAACCGGACGAACUGAUACACGAACUGGAUAGACCAGUGCCCUUGACGCCGGUGCAAGGCGUGCUGGGUCGACAAGCGAUGCUGCCUUGUGAUAUUUCUCCAAUGGAACGGGACGAUGCAGUUUACAUGGUGCUGUGGUUUCGGGAGGGUGACGGAGAGCCAAUCUAUAAYUUCGACGUGCGCGGCCGUCAAUUUGGACAGGCGCGGCUGUGGUCUUCCGAAUUGGCAUUCGGGCCACGCGCCUACUUCAGCAGCACGUCCCACCCGGCACAGCUGAAAAUCGAUAACGUACGCAUCGAGGACGAAGGCGUCUACCGGUGUCGUGUGGAUUUUCGCAAUUCGCCAACACGAAAUCUGAAAAUCAAUCUCACCGUCAUUGUGCCACCGGAUCGUCCAGUCAUUUAUGGCCCUAACAGACAUGAUAAGGCCAGUAAUGUGGAGUCGUUUAACGAAGGAACGGAUAUAGUGCUGGCUUGUGAAGUGACAGGCGGACGUCCACGUCCAAAUGUAACAUGGUAUUUAGAUAAUACGGUGAUUGAUGAAUCUUUCGAGCAUCGCCCGGACGGCAAGACUGUUAACCACUUGUCAUAUCCAAAUAUUGGACGACAACAUUUGAAUGCGAGAUUAGUUUGUGUGGCGAGCAAUACGAAUUUGACGCCGCCGAACAACAAAGUGGUCAUACUGGAUGUCAAUUUAAAACCAGUCGCUGUGCACAUAAUGACGAAGGAUCGCUUCGUGUCUGCUGAUCGCACAUACGACAUUGAGUGCAAGUCUUCCGGUUCGAAACCAGCUGCGGUCAUUACAUGGUGGCGCAACAACAAGCAGUUGAAAAAAUUCACGAAAAAUUUUAAUGAACCCGACAACCAAUCUCUAAGCAUAUUGACAUUCACGCCCACUCGCGAGGACGAUGGCAAGUAUUUGACGUGCCGUGCCGAAAAUCAAUUCAUCGAAAACAGCUCCAUCGAGGACAAGUGGCGGAUGGUCGUGCACUAUCAACCAACGGCUCAUCUCAAAAUGGGAUCUUCACUAAAUCCAGACGAUAUAAAAGAGGGCGAUGACGUUUAUUUUGAAUGUGUUAUACAAUCGAAUCCCAAGCCCUACAAAAUGUCAUGGUUUCAUAACGGCAAGGAACUGCAUCACAACAUCUCAGCUGGCAUUAUCCUUUCGGAUCAAUCACUCGUGCUGCAGAGUGUCUCACGUGCAUCCGCUGGUGAUUACACGUGUUUGGCUGUAAACUCGGAGGGAAGGGGCGCCAGUAAUCCGGUUUCAUUGCAUAUACGCUUUGCACCCACUUGUGCCACCGAUCAUGAAGAGCUGCUGGGCGCCCUAAAGCACGAAACACUGCUGCUAAAAUGUGAAGUGGACUCAUCACCGCCAGCGGAGGCAUUUACAUGGACAUUUAACUCGUCCGGCGAACAAACAGAAUUGCCCGCCCGACUGCACUCAACGGAGACUGGCAUGUCGCGACUGAAUUACACUCCAGCAACCGACCUCGAUUAUGGCACAAUAUCUUGCUGGGGGCGAAACUCUAUUGGCCAGCAAAAGAACCCCUGCAUUUUUCAAAUCGUCGCUGCAGGCCGUCCAUUUCCGUUGCAGAAUUGCACAGUCACGAAUCAAUCCACCGAUUCACUGCAAGUUGAUUGUCUGGAGGGCUUCGACGGUGGGCUACCUCAAGGCUUCAUUUUAGAAUUAGUGGAGUUGAAUAAUUUGCGUCUAGCACGGAAUUUAAGUUUGUCGCAUCCGCCAGUGAGUUUUCUCAUCGAAAAUCUCGAUCCGACAGCAACAUAUCGAAUGAUCAUUUUCGCCAUGAAUGCCAAGGGACGUUCGGAGCCAACCAUAAUUGACGACAUAAACUUCAAAGGCGUGGCCAAAUUUACAGGUGCAUCGAAUGGCUUAACGGUACCCCUUUCACCAUUUUUGGCUGGCCUAACACUCUUCUGUGCGCUGCUCUUCGCCAUAUCCUGCAUUGCACUGGCGGCAAUUUACAGGCGGUUCUCGAACAGGCAAAAUGAUGGUAAUUUGAAACCAACGAAGCACACSCAACUUUCAAUACCCCCUGAUUGUCAGCUAGAUCCAUUACAACCGAACAACCACCAUCACCAACAUCUGCAGCAUAAUCACGAGCAAAGCAAUCACCAGGCCCAUCACAGUCUACUCCAGCCGAAUGUCARCGACGGUGCCAAUGGCGGCGGUGGCACCUCACCCUCUGUCGGCGGUGUCAUGGGUGGUGCUGGAGGUGGCGUCAUGGGUGGCUUGAUUGGCAUCGAUUCGUCCACGUUGCGGUCAACGGCAACCAGCCAUCAUCGCCAAAGUCCACUGGUGAUGGGCGAUGCGUUGGAAGGUGAUGACACGGAUCCAGAUGUUAUACCCAAUCAAUAUGAAAAACGUCCACUGAAGUCGCAGGUGGCCUCGCCCAUAUUUCGCAGCCCCUCAGCGCGCUUACUGCAACGCGACUACAGCAGUCUUGCGGACACGGAGCGCGCUGGCACAUUGAGCAGCGGGAGCGUGAUUGGCGGCAUCACGAACAGCUCAACACUGAGCAGCGCCGACGGCAUCUCCAGUCUGGGCUCAUUGGUCGGAAACAGCAGUAUUGGAAGUGUUGGUGGCAUUGGCGUUGGCGCUGGCAACGAAGUGUUGCACUACACAUUUAGGCCAAGCAAACAAUUGAGUUAUGCAACGUUGAAUAAGAAGGGUAUAACCACGUGUAGUCCACCGCUGAACAUCUCGCUUUAUAAUACAACAACUACAGCAACAUCAUCGCUAUCCUCAACAUAUCACUCGACGCCACAGCCACAGCCAAUGGAAGUGAGUUUGCUCAGUCCAAAUAAUCCGUCGGUGACUUCGUCGCUGAGCGAAUAUCGAUUUCGGCCGGAAGUGGUAACCACAUCGAAUCGCAUCCAGGAAAGUUGUAUAUAAAUAGAUAAAAACGAAAAAUAACACACGUAUGACUAUAAAUAAAAUAUGUUGUGUAUGUAUAAAUGUUGUGUAUAUAUUAAGUAUUAUAUAUAUAUAUAUAUGUAUGAGUAUUGAUGGAUGGACUAAAAUAGACUGACGUAAAUUAAUAAUUUGUUCUUCGACGUCCAUUUUUAAAUGUGGUUUAAACAUCCGCAUCUGUGCGAGCGCAGCUUUGGUGAUUUUAUUUUCUUUAUUCGUAACAAAUGCUGGCACACACAUACCAUACAUAUGCACAUGCAUAUGUAACCUGUAUUAUUUACCGAAGGUUGUUUACUCGUGUUUGUACUGCGGCUGUUGUUGCGGCAAAUGAGCAACAUACCAAGUGACAAAAUAAAUACCGCUAUUUUGCAAUAAACAUUUGCCCGAUUUAACGGAACAGCYAACAGUUUUUACAGCCAAGCACUUUGAAAGCACACACACUUUUMAAAUUGAACCACCGCGAUGUCCUACAAAAAGCAGAAAAUCGGUUUAACCCAUUUUUCGCAUUUGAAUAAUAAAGUUUAUUAUAAAGCUCUCGUCUUUAAAAGGUGUUGCUCACUUAUGCUUUAUGUGUAUGAUACACUUUGUUGKUUUUGCACGAAAUUAAAGGCUUUAUUUGGCAUCGUUAGAUUUAUCUGACUUUUGUCAAAUAUGACAGCUUAGUUCGCUAACUUGUUAGCAGUUCAGAGAUAAUUAACAAUAAAUAACAAUCCCACACUCAUGGAAACCCUCGUUCUCCCGGGCAAAACCCUGGGACAGUCGAUUUUCAUAAGCUCGUCUUAAGGUAAUUUUUUCAACAACAAAACCAUUUGCCAAUUGUUGGCACAGGUUAUUAGAUCAGGUCCAAACCGUAAAGACGAUGCGUAGGUUUCAACCGACCAAGCUCCCGGAACUUCUGGCGAAUCAGUGUCAAUGUGUAAAGCAAGACACUGCCUUGAAGAAACGCAAUUCCUAUUGGCCUAAGAUGGCGGCUUUUGAUUGCUGACUUCAAAKGUUGGCAGAGAGUAGUAGAGGUCCGACUUACCGUCGUAUGAAAGGAGCUCAUUGUAGAUAAUUCCAUAUUAGAGGAAAUAUUCCUGAAAGCCAAUCCUGGUUUUACCACGACUGUUUCACUUCACGUUGUCAUAAGUUACCUAUUUUUCAUCACAAGUAACCAGUCGCUUCGGAAGUGAAUCGGGUUUGUUGCGAUACAGCACAUAUUCUCAGAUCGAACUUCGGUCCAUGAGAUUUUUUUGCCCCAACUCGUGCUGCACCUAUACAUCGAGCUUCUUUUUAUAUUCAAAUGGUAUCCUGCAAUUUUAUUAUUUUUUUUUUUUUUGUGCAUUGUUCAGCUCAUAUACAAUCAAAAAUUGUUUAUCCGAUGAUUUGCAUUAUUGAAUCGAUCUACAAUAGGCUUUCCAUAGAAUGGCAUCAGAACUAUCCGAACUUAAUCGACAAACCUACAAUUUCGCAUGAUUGAUUUUGCAGUAUAUUUUCAGCCAGUUGMCUUUCAAUUUCGACUUUAUCAACGAAAAACUAUAAAAUUUGGUAAAAUACAGCACAAGAUUCAGAUUCAAAAGCUAAUUUGCUAGACUUAAUAUUUUCAAUGGGCAGUAUUUAAGGCUCAUAUAAAGCUUAGGAGGUAACAAGGCACGAAAUCGCAUAAGUGUAUCCCUCAUUUCAUUAUCAAUAGCUGACAAGUACAAAAUGGAGUUGUGUGCCUCCGUAAUCCGAAAGGAUGACAUUCUAAGACAACGGAAUCCACUUGCGCUCUAAACUUCACAUAAAACAGCAAAUGUCGAAAGCUCUUCGAAUAUUGUCAAAAUUACACGCCUCUAAAAUUUUCAUUUCGCAAUUUAGUGGAGGAAAAUUGCUCCCGGGCAAAUUAAUAUGURUUUUUACGAAUACUCAAUGAAAGGUGUUUAGUGCUUUCCGUUAAUCAAUCGCCAUUAAAGCAAAAUAAAUAAGCCAUGCAUAAUUUAUUAAUAUGCAAAUAGCCAAUAUUGGCGAACUCAGCUCGAAAAGCUCUGCAAUGCAAACAGAAUUAGUUCAUAAUGUGUCGACUAACAACUUUGUACGUGUGUCUGUGCAUAUGUAAGCCCGAUAUUCAAUUAAGCUAAUACAAACUGCCAAUUUGUGUUUAACCAACAACAAUAACAAAUAAUACGAGAAAGCGUUUAGUGAAAGCUUUUAAAUACAAAUUGCAAAUAUCAAAAACAAAACAAAAAAAAACAAUAAUAAUGAAGCUGUAUUUGCUUAUGUAUUUUCACUACAAUGUACAUAUAUAUGAAUAAUAUAUGUGUGUGUGUGUAUGUGUGCGUUCAGUUAUCCUGGCAGCGCUGCUAUGCUUAGUUACCGGUAUGCUCGCUCAUUGCCGUUUACAUAUGUAUAAGUGUGUGUGUGUGUGUGUGUGUGUCAACCUAUUUAUGUAUAUAUGUAAAUAUAAUUAAUUAAUUAUUGUUUUUAACCGAAUUUUAAUUAUAAUGAAGCGAAAAAUGCACUGUCAUUUUGUAUUUUGCGCAGCCAAGCAUUUCAAUUAAAUAAUAAUUAUAUAAAAUACCACAAAAAUAGAUGUAUAAAGAGGCAGGUUAAAAUAAAUACCUUUGGAAGAUUCCAAAUAGUUUAAUAGCAGAAUGAAAGAGAGAAGGGAACGAAGAACAUUCUUCAAUUAUUUCCAUAGGAAAUUUGUACAUAUCAACCAUUUGAUUUUAAUAACUGUACUUUAACUUCAACCGCCACACAUAUUUUCAGCCGCACACACUUUCAUAUCACAUUUACACACAAAAACAAAUACUAAUUUAUAUUAACUGCAAUGGAAGUCGUUAAGGCAGCUCCCUUCAACCCCCACAAGCCAUUUAUCAAGAGUCUUAACAUAUCAUAUUUGCAUAUUAAAACAUUAACAUGCGUUCAAACUGCUCUUUGUACCGUCAAAGUAGGAAUUUUACAGACAAUUGUUUUCUAAGCUAAAAUUGCGUUUCUUUUAAGUGAUUUCUCUUUUAAUUAAUGCUAGAAGCAAAUUUUUAUGUACUAGUAUUUUUCAAAUAAAAAUAAUUUUAAAAUUUUUGAAGAUACAUAUAUCACUUGGAAUGUUAUUCGAACCUAACUCCUUGAAUGUGUACCUCUAAACUCAACAUAUCAUUCACAUUUUUAACAAAAAACAAAAGCUUAGUCCUACGAAUUACAUAACCAGCAAAGCAUCCUCGGUACUUUGUACYUAUAUUUGACUUCUUCCCAUACUCAUGUCAAGAAAAAUGUCCGCUURUUAAUAAUAUCUUAUGUGGCACCACACAAAGUGACUUCCACACGCAGAUUUUUAUACAGCGAAGUGAACAAACUAUGCCACAUACUCGUAUAAACGGUAACACUUGUGGUGCAACCCUGCGCUAACUUCUGUAAUGAUUCUUUUUUUUAUUUUUUUUUUUUUGUUUUUUUUUUUGUGGAAAACUUCUUCUCUUAGCUUUAAAACAUUUAUUUUUGUUUUCUAUAAAUGACGAUUACCUAUUGAAUGAACUCAUAGAAAGUUUGAAAAGUCUGUAACCGUUUUAAUGCGGAUAGACAGGUUCUUUCUUUCUUCUUUCUUUAAGGUAGAGUUGUGAAUGGUUUUGAGAAGAAAUAUGUUAAAAGUUUCAAAGUUUUCAUAUCCUCUAAUAAUAUUAUAUGCUUAUUGGCGUAGACUCCACUUACGCGGCUAUAGCAUUCAAGGCUGUUUUGUACUUUUCAUUGGGAGUUUUUUACGUGGCGGGUCCCAAACCCAGCGCAUAACCUCCAGAGGUCGAGAGCUGCUCCAAGCCAUAUGUAAAAAAAUCGUUUCUGUCCACUCGCAAGUGCAUGGCGUUCAGAGAACUUUCCUCACUUCAAAAAAAAAUAUUAUUAAAUGCGUGAUGAAAAACUACAACUCUACGUACUUGUUAAAUGGUUAGUUUGGUGUUAACUUGGUUCUUUCGCGCACUUCUCCUUAAAAGGUCUGCUGUCAUUACAAAAUAGUCCAAAAUAAUUUCUGGCAAAUUCAAUAACCAAGAGGAAAGCUUAUAAUACUUUAUAAUAAGGUAUAAUUCCACCUUGGUGUGUUGCCUGGCAUCGCCAACUAUGCCUUGCCUUCAAACAUCAUAUAAAUCCUUUCUAUAACAGAAACAUUCUACUUACAAAAUAAUAAUUAUCGAAAUUUAUAAAAAAAAAAAUCUCUAAAUUAAAGUGAUUAAUUACUCGUAAAUUUUGCAGCCAUUCAAUUUUUGAUUACAUUUUAUAACAAAAACAAAUUUAGCCUCGAAAUUUAAAUUACUUCAGGAAUUUAUAUUUUUCCCAAACCCUUCACAUAUCUAAACAUAUCCAUAGUACGUACAAAUAGGUCGAGUGUGCUUCUAUUAUUAUUCUUCGCCUAAUGAAAAUGCAUUCUUAUAAAUUGCUUUAGUAAAUGCAAYUAAUGAUUUCAUGCUAAAGUAUGUAUGUAGAUAAGCACUUGUUAAAGUUGCCACACUUUUUUUUUAAUUUUCCCUGCACAAUAAUGAAUUCAUGAAAUAACUCGAGUUUUAUGAAAACACAACAUGCCUUCCAUUCAGAAUAUUGAAUUAGAAAAUAAAGUAAGGAAAAGCGCUUUAAUAAAACAAAAAGCCCGAUUUUCAGCAAAGCUUUGUCAUUGCCUUUAUUUGAACUGUUUAUUUUACUGAAUUCUCGCUUUUUUAGUGAAAUCAUUGCAUUAUUGCCUUUGAUAUUUUKUCGAUGUUGUAAUAUAUGGUAUAAAGAUAUGCCUCGAGCUUUUAUGAAGUAUGCCAAAAUAUGUAUUGCUUAUAAUAGAAUGUUUAGAUUUGCACAUGAAAAUUAAAAUUUUCCGCACAGAGAGAUUUUGAUUUCMUAAAACAUAUGCAAAUUCUAGUUUUAUGAUUUUAAUUUUGCGUGAAAUUUUGUAAUAUUUUUGUUGAAUCUAUUUUUGCCAACAGGAACCUUAUUUCCCUASCCAGUUUAGGAAAUUUCAGGAGUCUCAUCUGUAGUUACAAACAAAUCACACAAGUACUCACACAUAUUUAGCCACAAACAUAUCUAGCGGAUUUUGCUUUUUACCAAUUUUUAAGAGCGCGAUAACGGUUGUUAGACAUGGGUAUAUGGUGAAAAUGCGAGUGCUAGCUGUUAUUGGUUUAAAUAAUCCUGAAUUUAUGUAUUUAAAUAUUUUACUGUUUUUCGUGUAAAUAGGAGAAUAUGUGUAGAUGUGUAUAUAUAGCGAAGUGAAUGGUUAUUUGUACAUUUGCAUAUGUGCGUGAGUGCGUGUGUAGCUGUACUAGAUACAUAUACAAAUAUUUAUAAAUACCGAAAGUAUUAAUUUCGUUAGUGAAACGAAUAGGCAAUAAAAUGAGUUUCUAACUGUUGUUGCAACAGUGGGAUUGCGCAUCCAAACAAGCGGCAUGCCAAUUAAGGCGCCAGCAUAUUGCUGUAAAUAGCAAGCGCUUGCAAACGCCCGUCCUUCGCGGUGGCAGCCAAAUUUGCGCCGUUUGUACAAAAGCUAAUUUAUUUACUAUUUAUUUUGUGGUUGCAAGCGCAACCACUAAGUGAUAUAUAUUGCGCGCUGCAACGGUAAAAACGCAAAUCUGAAUUUUUUACUUUGUUAACAUUGUAUGUAUUGUAAAAUGAAGCUUAAAAAGUUUGACAAAUAACUGUAAAUACUAUGUAUGYGCGGACGCGUUGAAAGCAUUUCACAUUAAAUUAAUUAGAAUCGAAAGUCCGGCAGCGUGAGUAGCAAAGUUACAUAGCAAACGCGGUUUGUACAAACUGUUUGUAAGAUAGCACGGRCUUAGCCCUUGCCGUGCUCGUGCAUUAUGUAAACAAAUAUCUGUCAUUGUGUGUGUUAGCUGUACAUAAGUAUGAUCAACUUCACAGUUAUGGAACUUAAGGCAUUCGUAAAUGCAUACUACUUGAGCAUACGGUACCCUUAGUACAUACAUAUACAUAUAUSUAUGUAUAUCAAUGUGAGCUAUUGUAUUUAUAUUGUACUUAUGUAUGUAUCUGUAUGCGUGAGACUAACUUUGCAAAUGCUUUAGUUUUAGUUAUAAACAACUCCUAAGCUAAAUGAGCCAAGUAAAUGUAUGAAGAGAGAAUUAUAUGUUAUAUAAAUAGGAUUAUAUUCUAGACUAAGCAUAUAUAUAUACAUACAUAUUAUAGAUAAAUGCAGUUAUAUAUAAUUUUGUAUAAAUUAAUGGGAGUAAAUGAAAUAUUAAUUGUUAUUUAUAGCUCAGAUCRUCUAAUAGGAGAAGUAGGAAACGUACCACUGUAUUUAUUAUUUGCAUUGUAAUUAGAAGUAUACAGUUAGGCGUAAAUAUUUAAAYGAGAAGUAACACAAUUAUAGCAAAAAUAAUGAGUUAGCAGGUAUAAAGUUAAUGUUAUAAGGAGAAAAG